AUGUCGUCGGCUGCCAGACCUUCCUCCCUCUUCGCCAGCGUCCGCCUGCUGAUUGGUGCUGAGCGGGUAGUGGACGCCGGCUGCCCGCCGCUGCUGGGAACAGGGUUGACGACUGCUGAGCCGCAGAACUUCACUGCCCUGGUUCGCUCUCACCGCUCGGCAGGCGGCUGUUUUCAGAGGAACAUCUGUAAAGAGCCACCGUCCGCCACCUGCUCAGCAGCCAACAGCAGACGGACCCGCGGCCGACUGACUGACCGCGAGCAGCAGUUCAGCCUCAGGUGUGUGACAGGUCUGAACCAGGUCAACACGACACAGCAACCGGACACAAAGAACUGCAGACAGAGAGCACGGAAAGUGUUUCCGUGGCAGGAUGGGCUCCAACAGCUCCAGCAUGGACGACAUCCCAGGCGCCCGGGAGCUCCUGCAGGAAACUGGCUGCCUGAGGAUUUCGGAGCAGUUCGGGAGCUGGCCUUGAACCCCAUCGGAGACAGAAUCAUCAGUGCCUUCUUCUCUCCAGGACAGGAAACAGUGGACUUUCCCUCCUUCGUUCGGAUUCUGGCUCAUUUCCGUCCCACUGACACAAACCGAAAUAGAGAUGGGACUCAGCAGGAGCCGGCCAACAGCAGGGCCAGGAAACUCAAAUUCGCCUUCCAGUUGUAUGACCAGGACCGAGAUGGAAAGAUUUCCAGGGUGGAGCUUCUUCAGGUGCUGCAGGCGAUGCUGGGGAUGCAGGUGACGGAGGAGCAGCUGCAAAGCAUUGCUGAGCGAGCUAUCCAGGAGGCCGACCUGGACAGAGAUGACGCCAUCUCCUUCGACGAGUUCAGAAAGUCGCUGGAGAAAGUGAACAUCGAUCACAAGAUGAGUAUUCGCUUCCUGAGCUAGAGACGCGACCUGCCACCAGUAGGAAGAAAGCAAACAGCGGACAAAUCACAUGAUUUGGAAUUUAAAUAAAUGUUAUUCUUAAUUGUGGUUACUAAAUCAGUCUACUGUGCUGCUUUUAUUGGAUCCCACCAUCAAAAAAUCCCAGCAAAGCAACCCGCGGUGCUGUCAGCUGAAUGAAAAUGGAGGAUGAGGAGUAAUCGAUGCGGUGGGCAAAUUCUUGCCUACCACCGCAGAAACCCGGCACUCAGUUACCUAAGGGUAAGGAGAAACCUUGGCACUGUGCAUACGACAACACUAAAACCAGCUCAGCAAGGAGGAGUAGAGCUAAGCCCUGGUGAACAAAUCUAUAGAGCGACGAGAAAAACCAAAAUUAGUCUAAGCAACGUAAAGCGAAGGUGUUACGGUGCCAACGCCUACUCGGGGGCCCUACAUCAAGUCUGGAAAAACAGUAAAAGAUAAGUCGCUAAAAACCCAGCGCCAGUUUGAUUUUUCAACCAAAAAAAUGCUCUUUGAUUGUAAUCAACAGUCCCGUCUGUACGAUAAGCACAAAUACAACGGGAAGGCUUUGGGUAGCCGUAGUUGCGUCCAACCGGUUGGCUGUGAUGCCUGCACAGUGGGGGUUGGAACUGGAACUGGAUAACCGGAUGACCGGAUGACCCUCCUGUGUUUUCCCCUUUAGGUGAAGCUCGAUGUCAGACCUUAUGGACCCUGUUUUUCUGAAACCGAAACCGCAAACGCGAUCACGAAAGAUUUUUCUGUGACCAUCAGCAGCGAUGCAAACUAAGCGCAGUUGGCGCAAUGCGGAGGAGAGGGUUAACUUAUUGUUAGCGGGAGGAAUACAGAAGCUGCGGCGAUGGCCAAUCACACGAGUUCGUCCCGUCUCUUUUAAAGAAGCGAAUGAAAGGUACGGGGAGGAGAGAAGCCAAGGUGUCUGAGAAAAAAAAGGCUCAUGUCCAAGCUGUGCUUUGCACAUCCACGAGGACGCAAGGAUCCGUGUGACUUAAAAUCCCUCAUCUGCCAUGUCUGCGAGGGUUCGCGCACACUGUCCGUUUGCAGCCCCGAAAUGAAUUAACUGUGUGACACAGAAAACUAACGUGACGAACCAUGUGCACGUCGGUUUUCGCGCCUGCUUUUCGAUAGAUAAACAUAAGUGUUGAGCAAACAGUGUAAAGGCUGUAACUGUCAGCCUAAAAAGAGUUCAAGCUUUUUUAG